AUGGACCAAUCAGGCCGCUCAGAGUGUAUAAAAAACGAGGGUUUAACACUGACGGGAUCACUCUGCAGCCAUGGGGCCCCUGCUCUUUGCUCUGCUCAUUGGUGCCGCUCUUGCCGCGGACGACCACAAGAUCGUCGGUGGCUACGAGUGCCGGCCGCACUCCCAACCGCACCAGGUGUCCCUGAACGCCGGCUACCACUUCUGCGGGGGCUCCCUGCUCAGCGACAGCUGGGUCGUGUCGGCCGCCCACUGCUCCAAGCCGCGUAUGGAGGUGCGCUUGGGGGAGCAUCACAUCGGGGUCACCGAGGGCAACGAGCAGUUCAUCGCUGCUUCCCGCGUGAUCGAGCAUCCCUCCUACGACCGGUUCACCCUGGAGAAUGACAUCAUGCUGGUGAAGCUGAGCGAGCCCGCCGUCCUCAGCGAGCACGUGGCCCCCGUGGCCCUCCCCACCGGCUGCGCCCCCGCCGGCACCAUGUGCACGGUCUCGGGGUGGGGCAACACCAUGAGCUCCACUGCUGACAGCCACCGGCUGCAGUGUGUGGACGUGCCCGUCCUGUCCCACGAGGACUGUGACGGCUGCUACCCCGGCAUGGUGGACCACACCAUGUUCUGUGCUGGCUACCUGGAAGGAGGCAAGGACUCGUGCCAGGGGGACUCUGGUGGUCCCGUGGUGUGUAACGGGGAGCUGCAGGGUGUUGUGUCCUGGGGCUACGGGUGUGCUGAGGAAAACCAUCCGGGUGUCUACUCCAAGGUGUGUGUGCAGAUUGAGUGGCUGAAGGAGACGAUGAGCGGCUCUUAACCGUCAGACCUCCUCGUCACGAUAACGGACGCCGGCGCCGCUUUCACUGCAGUCCAUAUUAUACAAAUAAAGAGUUGAAAUGAA